GUAAGUAGGCGCACCGUCUCCAUUGAUGUACAGUAAUGCGCUCGGAAAUCCUUGAUUGAUGGAGGGGUAGAACCCGGCGUUGUCAAGCGGCAGAAAGAUCCCGUCUCCUGGGGCCCCUCUUGAGACCGACCUGCUCUACAACAAUGCUUUCAGCGCACCGUACUAAUCUGCCCCUUGUAGAUAUCCAAGCAGUCGGUGACAAGGCUCUCCUGGACAAGUACGGUCUCAAGGACAACGAUGCCAUCCUGGCCGAGGAGAAGCACGCCGCCCUCUACGAGGACCUCCUGAACAACUACGACGCCAAGCUGAUCGCCGGUGGUGCCGCCCAGAACACCGCUCGUGGUGCUCAGUACAUCCUCCCCGAGAACAGCGUUGUCUACUUGGGUGGUGUUGGCGACGACAAGUACGCCGCUACUCUUCGUGAUGCCGUCAAGCAGGUCGGUCUCAGAGUCGAGUACCGAAUCGACCCCAAGGUCCCCACUGGACGAUGCGGUGUUGUCAUCACUGGCCACAACCGAAGUUUGUGCACAGAUCUCGGUGCUGCCAACCACUACGAUCUCGAGCACUUGAAGAGGGACGACAUCUGGAAGCUCGUCGAGGGUGCUGAGUUCUACUAUGUCGGUGGUUACCACUUCACCGUCUGCCCUGCUGCCAUUCAGGCCCUUGGUAAGGAGGCCGCCGCCAACAACAAGGUCUUCGUUGUCAACGUCUCCGCGCCCUUCAUCGCUCAGUUCUUCAAGGACCCUCUCGACGAGUCCUCCAAGUACUGGGACUACGUCAUCUGCAACGAGAGCGAGGCGGCCGCAUACGCCCAAUCGCACAACCUGUCCGUCUCCGAGACCGACCUUCCUGCUAUCGCCAAGCACCUCGCCAACCUGCCUAAGGAGAACAGCAAGCGUCCCCGUAUUGCCGUCAUCACCCACGGUACCGAGCCCACCAUUGUCGCCCAGCAGGGUAGCGAUGAGGUCAAGAGCUACCCCGUCCACGCCAUUGGUGCUGAUCAGAUUAACGACACCAACGGCGCCGGUGAUGCUUUCGCUGGCGGUUUUGUUGCCGGUCUAGUCCAGGGCAAGAGCCUGGAUGAGGCAGUCGACUUGGGUCAAUGGUUGGCUCGUCUAAGCAUUCAGGAGUUGGGUCCCUCCUACCCUUUCCCCAAGCAGUCCUACACCAAGGCAUAGAGUUAUUUGUGUAUACUCCAUGAAGCCGCCUCGGAAUUGGCGGCCGGCUGGCUCUCGAUGAGCCCGUCGAGAUUCGAUGCAACCAUGAUGAUUU